ACUACACCUCAUCCACACCCCUCAAAACCUCAAGGCAAAAACCAAAAAAGAGAAUUCCCAUGAAAACACUCAUCCAUGUCCCAAAGCAAAGCAUAAAUUCCACCAUCUCCUUUUUCAAAAGAGUCCUUGCUUGCCUCCCAGCCCUAUCCUUCCCCUUUCCUUCCAUAUAUACCUAGAUUCAAUAGUCUCCAAAAUCAAAACCCAAGAAUUUUUAAUAUAUAUAGAUAUAUAUAUAUAUAUAUAUAUUAAAAAAAAGAUUAUUGGGCCCGGGCUUAAAAUGUCACGGGCUAGAGGAGACUGCUGCAAGUGCUGCAUUAAGCUGCAAUUGGGCCUGGGCCUAACGGCCCUGAUUCUCUACCUCACUUACCGUCCCAUCCGUCCCCGUUUCUUCAUCACCACCUUCUCGGUCACCUCCGGUAACCUCACCGCCUCCUACCGGCUCGAAAUCGAGAACAAGAACCGCCAGAUCGCCGUCCUCCACGACCCCAUCACCCUUAAGCUUUCACUCCCAGCCGAUAAUCUCACUGCCGUCGGCGCCCCCAUCGCCGCCUUCCACCAAGGCCACCAGAAGACCGCCGACUUCGACCGUUCACUCACGAUCCAUAACGGAACUUGGUUUUCCGCCGUUGCUAACGCCUCUGCCGUGUUCCACGUCUCGGUCUCGUCGGCGUUUCGAUACAAGGUGUUCUCUUGGAAGAGCCGGCAUCACAGCGUCAACAUCGGCGGCGACGUAGCUGUUGAUAAGGAGGGUAGGAAGACUGCCGAGAAGGGUAUACGUCUUUCAUCUGCCUCUCCGCCGCCGGUCGCUGCCUUUCUUGUUGUCCUCCCGGCGGCGCAUCUCGUUCUCCUGUUCAAGUAUUAGAGAGAAGUCUUGCGCAAUGAGUAGUCCACCAUCUUUUGCAGUGAGGAAUGAAAUCAACGCCGGGGCCGAGAUUGAAAGCAAAAGGCUUUGCAGAGAUAGCCCAAG